AUGAUUAUUCAUAAAUCGUAUACAAAGUUGGAUGAAAAUGAUAGACAGUUAAAUGAAGAAUUUUCAAAUUUGAAACGAGAAAUACACUUAGCACUAUUUGAUUCAAUUGAUACGCCAAAAUCUAUGGAUCACAUUCGAGAAUUGAUUCGACUCACAAACAUUUAUAUGAAUUCAAUGAAAGUAAUCAAUACAUUAGUAAUUAGAAAUAUAGCAUUGUACAUCACAAAAAUGUUAUCUAUAUUCGGUUUGAUAAAUGAAAAUAAUAGUGGUGAUCAAAUCGGAUUUGGCAAGCCUGUACAGAAUAUAAAUGAAACAAUGACGAUUGAUGUUGAACAAAUUGCAAUGCCAUACGUUGAACAGUUUUCACAUUUUGGUGAUUCGGUUAGAAGACAAGCAGUCUUAUCAAAAAAUAAAGAGAUAUUAACAUGCGAAAAAACGGCGAUUAAGUUUUGUGAUCCAGAAAUAUUACGAAAAGAACGUGAACAAGCAUUAUUAGUUGAAAAAAGAUUAAUUGAACAAUGUUUAUUAGCUGUUGAACAAAAACAAGAAUUUAUUCAGCACGAAGUUAAUAAACGGGAACAUCACUCAAGAACAUUUAAUCUUCGAUUUGUUGGUAUAUCUGAGACUGAUAAUGAUAACCCAGCAAAAACGAUAGUAUCAUUAGCACAAUGUGUUGGAUUAAAUAACCUAACUGAAGUAGAUGUUGAGAUUGCACAUAGAUUAGAUGCUAGAUUUCACUCAAGAGUCAAACGUUGA